UGUUUAGUCAGUUGUUGCUUAAAUUUUUUUUUAUAAAUAUUCAUGAAAUUUAAAAAUUACUAAAUCGAAUUUAUUUUUUCUACACAGUUGGAAAUUUAUUUUUAUUAUUAAUCCUAUUUUUAAUAAGGACAAGAUGAGGACUAUCCUGAUGGUGGCGGAAAAGCCGUCGUUGGCAGCCUCCCUUGCCACUAUUUUGAGCAAUGGUAAAAACUCAUCAAGAAAAGGUUCUAAUGGAGCCUGUUCAGUGCACGAAUGGUCAGGCACCUUUCAAAACCAGCCAGCUCGCCUUAAAAUGACCUCAGUAUGUGGUCACGUUUUCGGAGUGGAUUUUGAAAGCAAAUACAACAAUUGGGACAGAGUGGAUCCAGUUGAACUGUUCUCUUGCCCCAUAGAGAAAAAGGAGGCAAUGGCCAAACUCAGGAUGCCUGCCUUUUUAGCUUCUGAAGCUAAAGGAUGUGAUAUACUCGUUUUGUGGCUUGAUUGCGAUAAGGAAGGGGAAAAUAUUUGUUUCGAAGUCAUGUCUUCAGUGGCUAAGAGCAUGAACGCAAAUGUAUAUUCAGACAGUGUUACUUACAGAGCAAGAUUUUCAGCAAUUACUGAUAAGGAUAUUAAGGCAGCAUUCAAUAAUUUAGCUCAUCCAAACGAAAAUGAAGCGAAAAGUGUAGACGCACGUCAAGAACUCGACCUAAGAAUCGGAUGCGCCUUCACCCGCUUUCAAACUAAAUUUUUCCAAGGCAAAUACGGCGAUCUGGAUGCUUCUCUCAUAUCUUACGGACCUUGUCAGACGCCCACUCUCGGAUUUUGUGUUCAAAGGCAUGACGAAAUCCAAUCCUUCAAACCCGAAACUUUUUGGGUACUGCAAGUAUCGGCCAUGACUAAAGACGGAACUACUGUACCUUUAGAAUGGGAAAGAGUAAGAAGUUUCGAUCGAGAUGUGGCUAAUAUGUUUUUACAGUUGGUCAAACAAGAGAAAGAAGGACGGGUGGUCAGUGUAAUAUCAAAAGAAAAAGCCAAACCACGCCCAGUAGCCUUAAACACAGUUGAACUCAUGCGAGUGGCCAGUUCGGGUCUCAACAUGGGCCCUCAUCACGCUAUGCAAAUUGCAGAAAGGCUUUACAUUCAAGGCUACAUCAGUUAUCCUCGUACUGAAACCACUCGGUAUCCUGAAAACUUUGAUUUAGCUGGCACAUUAAAACAACAACAAGGCAGUCCAGAUUGGGGCAAAGAAGUUAAGGAAAUAAUCACUCAAGGAAUUAGUAGGCCCAAAGGUGGUCAUGAUGCCGGUGACCAUCCCCCAAUAACCCCCAUGAAAGCAGCUACAAGAUAUGAACUUGAUGGGGAUGCUUGGACAUUAUAUGACUACAUUACAAGGCAUUUCAUCGGAACUUUGGCCAGAGAUUGUCGUUAUAUGAGUACAACUAUUAAAAUAGUGAUAAAUGAGGAAAUGUUUUCUGUUACUGGAAAAACUCUAAUUGACCCUGGAUAUACUAGUGUCAUGACAUGGCAGGCCUUUGGUAAAAACGAAAUAGUACCAAACUUCACUGAAAACGAAAUGGUUCCUAUUCAAAAUGCCCGCAUAACUGAACGUCAAACUGCUCCUCCUGAUUAUUUAACAGAAGCUGAACUGAUUACUCUUAUGGAAAAGCAUGGAAUAGGCACUGAUGCUUCAAUUCCUGUACAUAUUAAUAAUAUAUCCCAGAGGAAUUAUGUCACAGUAACCCCUGGAAGAAAAUUGAAGCCUACUACUUUGGGAAUUGUGCUAGUGCAUGGAUAUCAAAAGAUUGAUGCCGAACUAGUUCUCCCCACAAUGCGCUCAGCAGUAGAAGAGCAAUUGAAUCUUAUAGCUCAGGGAAAGGCCAAUUUUAAUGCAGUAUUAAAACACACCAUGAACAUUUUCAAAUUAAAGUUUCAGUAUUUUGUGCAAAACAUCGACGGUAUGGAUCAGCUUUUUGAGGUAUCUUUCUCGCCUCUAAGUGCUUCUGGAAAAGCACAUUCAAGAUGUGGAAAAUGCAGAAGAUAUUUGAAAUACAUCCAAGCCAAACCUGCCAGAUUACAUUGUCCUCAGUGCGACGAAACAUACAGUAUACCUCAAAACGGCACAAUUAAAAUAUUUAAAGAACUAAAAUGUCCCUUGGACGACUUUGAAUUGUUGUGUUGGACCACUGGAAAUAAGGGCAAAAGUUUUGUUUUUUGUCCUUAUUGCUACAAUAAUCCACCAUUUAAAGAUAUGCGCAAAGGCAACGGCUGUAGUUCUUGUACUCAUCCAACAUGUGCCUACAGUCUUAAUUCCAAUGGCGUAAUUAACUGUGCUGAAUGUGAAUAUGGCGUUCUGGUUCUUGAUCCAUCUUCAGGGCCCAAAUGGAAAUUGGGUUGUAAUAGAUGUGAUACAAUAAUAAAUCUUUUGGACGACGCUCAGAAAAUCACGAUUCUUGAUGACAAUUGCGAUUGUGGUGCCCAAUUGGUAGAUGUAGAGUACAAAGCGGAAAAAUCUAAAUUGCCCAAUCAAGUUACUGAAAUGAAGGGUUGCAUUUUUUGCAGCCCUGAGUUUGCCAAAUUGGUGGACAAGCCUAAAGUUGCAGUUAUUAGUAGACCACCAAGGCCGUUUAGGGGUGGAAAGGCAGCAGGCGCAAGAGGGGGCCGAGGAACAGGAGGAAGAGGCGGCAGAGGAGGACUUGGCAGGGGCAAACCAAAAGACAAAAUGGCUCAACUGGCAGCCUAUUUUGUUUAAUGCAGUAUGAUGCCUAGCCAAUUACCUAAUAAAUUAAUUAAUAAAUUUACAUAAUAACGCUUUAAAUUAGUUCUGAAAAUUUAUAUUAUGUAUGUUUUUUAUUUAUAAUUAUUUAUUUAUUAACUAUGUAUUAAUUAUAUUUUCGAUUCAGAAACUUUUAUUUUAAAAAACAUUUAUUUUAUCAACUAAAAUACAGGGGUGACAAAAAAAAAUAUGUGGAUCAAAGUGCUACAGCAAAAGCUUGAAAACAAAUUAGCAUUCCUUAUGGGACUGCGCUGGCUUAAAUAAGAAUUUAAUGCCGAUAUAGCAACUUGAUGUUUACUUUACAACAAUGUAUUUAAAAAGUCAUAAAGGAGAGGGGUAAGCUCAUUAAAGCAUAUAAAAAAUGGAUAAUUGAAUAUUAAUUAAUGUGGCAAUUGGUUAAUAUAACUCUUCCCUCCUUAAGAUGUUGCAAAUAUAGAUUGUUGUUUAUGCAAAUCAGACAAUUCAAUUUGCACAACCUUUUUCUGAAGUUUUAAGCUUCCUAGAACAUUACACCGAUAAAAUUAUGAUUAAAAUAGGCAAGACUAAUAGGUCAGGACAGUUAGCUGAAAAAAUGGUCUUUAGGAGAAGUUUUUGCAAUCAAGCUGAUUUUUUCACAGAUGAUAGUACCCAUCAAUAGUACUCUGUAAAUAGUUAUUCACCUAACAAGUGCGGAAAUUUAUACUUUUCCGCACACAAUGGCGUUUGUGGAAGCCGUAAUUGCGGAAAAGAUACUUUACGCUCGUGUUAGGUACAUUUUUUUCUACGAGCGUGCGGAAAUUAAUAUAUCGUUUUUUUGUUUGUUUUUGAAAAAAGACUCAUAUUUAUUUGAAAAAGCCGCUAAUAGUCAUUUGUAUACCAAGGCCGCGAAGUGCCUUUUUAGCGUAUGAAGAGAAAAGUUAUCGCCGAGGCCGCUUGCGGCCGAGGCAAGAUAAUCUCGAGGACGCUAAAAAGUUUCGCGGUCAUGGUAUACACACUAUUUUUUGUGCAACCAUGAAAAUUAUGUGAAAUUACAGAAAAAAUUUACUUCUUUCAACAAGCAUGUGGAACUAACUACCAGUUUGAUAUAAUAUAACCUGGUGGCUAUGGUGGCACAGCGUUUCUAUGGAUAUCAUAUUUUGCAUGUAAACAAUAAAACAAAAAAAUUUGACGGUUCUCAAAAAAUCGUGAAAAUGUCCAGCACUGAUACAGAUAUUUCACCUUCUUGCACUCCUCCAGAGCUAAAAAGUGUAGUUCAAUCAGCUAUUUCUGAGUUGAUACCUGAAAAAUCUAAGUGGCAAUAUGAAAAUUGUUACUUCGAGUUCAAAAAUUGGUGUGACAAACAAAACGUCAAAAUGGUGUCUGAAAAUAUAUUGUUGGCUUAUUUAAUGCAGAAAUCGAAAGUUUUGAAGAGUUCAAGUUUAUGGAGCAUUUAUUCCAUGUUAAAGUGUAUGCUCAACGUACGAGAAGGGAU